UUCACAACCCAAAAGCUAUGAAACUAACCAUUCUAUUUGCAAUUGUGGCAAACCCAUUUCCCAUAUAAACUUCUAUACUCAAACCCCAAAAUUUAUCAUGGCACAACACUACAUUUUUUCCUCCUUGCUGCCUCUUCUAUCUCUUCUAGCAAUCUUCUCUAAUGUCAUAUCCCAAAGCAAGCCUGUAAUGGCUGUAACACUACACACCGAUUCACGGUGGAUUGUUAACGAAGCCGGGCAACGAGUGAAGCUAGCAUGUGUGAAUUGGGUGUCACAUAUGGACCCUAUGGUAGCUGAGGGCCUCAACAAGCAGCCUUUGGAUGCUAUCUCCAAGAGGAUUGUAUCCAUGGGAUUUAAUUGUGUUAGGUUCACAUGGCCACUGUAUUUAGUCACUAAUGACUCAUUGGCUUCACUCACUGUAAGACGGUCCUUUCAGAUACUAGGUCUAUCUCAAUGCAUUGCUGGUAUCCAAGCCAAAAACCCCUCUAUCAUUGAUGUUACUCUUAUAAGAGCUUUUCGGGCAGUGGUAUCCAACCUUGGGGCCAACAAUUUAAUGGUAAUAUUGGACAAUCAUGUAAGCCAGCCCGGUUGGUGUUGUAGUGAAAAUGAUGGCAACGGUUUCUUUGGUGACAAGUAUUUCAAUCCAGAACUCUGGAUUAAAGGACUAACUAUGAUGGCCACCAUGUUUAAAGGUGUAGCCAAUGUGGUUGGAAUGAGUCUAAGGAAUGAGCCUCGAGGCCCUAGACAGAAUGCCCCUGAUUGGUACAGGUACAUGCCAAAAGCAGCAGAAGCAGUGCACUUAGCAAACCCAAACGUUCUUGUUAUUCUCUCAGGCAUGAGUUCCGACACAGACUUGUCAUUCCUCCAAAACCGACCAGUGAAACUCACAUUCACUAGAAAACUAGUAUUUGAGGUGCAUAGGUAUGGAUUUACAGAUGCCAACAUAUGGAAAUAUUACAACCCAAACCAAGCGUGUGCGGUAGUGGUAGGUAUAAUCAUGAGAUCGGCAGGAUUUUUGUUGGAGCAAGGGUAUCCAUUGUUUUUCAGUGAGUUUGGGAUGGACCUAAGAGGUAACGAUGGACUUCUCAACCAGUUCAUGAAUUGCUUCUUUGCAUUGGCAGCUGAUCUUGACUUUGAUUGGAACCUAUGGACACUGGGUGGGAGUUACUAUAUUAAACAAGGAAUCACUGAAUUCGAAGAAUACUAUGGUCUGCUUCUUUGGAAUUCGAAUGAGCCCAGAAAUUCAAGCUUUGUUAAGAGACUCUCAGCUAUCCAGACUCCAUUUCAAGGGCCAGGUCUACCAGAAACUAAUCCACACCAAGUAAUUUUCCACCCAUCAACAGGUCUCUGUGUCCAAAGAAAAUCACCACUUGAACCAUUGAGACUGGGGCCUUGCAAAGACUCUGAAGCCUGGAGCUACACCCCACAAAAAACUUUAUCUUUGAAAGGAAAAAAUUUGUGCUUACAAGUAGAUGGAUUGGGGAAGCCAGCGAAACUCGGUAACAUUUGCAGCGACUCUGGUUCACAAUGGGAAACCAUCUCUGAUUCUAAGUUGCAUCUCUCGUCAACAAUUGGCAAUGCCACUACCCUUUGCCUAGAUGUUGAUUCUAGCCACACCGUCAUCACAAACACUUGCCAUUGUGUAAGUAUAGGUAGAACAUGUGACCCAGAGAGCCAGUGGUUCAAGCUGAUUAGAAGCUCAAGAAGUCCAAGUUCUAAAAACUCUUAGGAAAAAAACUUCUCUUGAACAUGCUUGCUGGGGAUUAUAUGAAAGUUUUGAGCUUAGCUGAUGCAAGGAACCAAGAUCUUAUGUUUUAAUUUGAAAUUAAUUUUGUUUUUGAAUUUGAUUAAUGUAGAUAGUUUUUAGGGAUUUGAUUAGAUGCUUUCGAUAUUAGUAUAAUCCCUAAAAAUAUUUAACUAGCACUUGUG